AUGAAUAAAUUAUCUUUAUCAACUGAUAGUGCUGUAAAGUCCAAAAUAGCUUGGCAUCUGUUAUUUUCGAAUCUUAGGUGUAUACAAGUACCACUAACCGAAGUAUCUUUGGUAAUAGACCUAUAUAUAUUUGACACAGUAUCAUCUGGAGGUGGUAGUUUUAGUGAAGGUUAUACAGUUUUGUCUCAAGACUGUACAAAUAAUGGUCGGUUGUGUGAAGGAGAUAUAAAAAGUAUUACACUUAUUGAUGAAAAUGCAAAGUGUUUAUCUAAUUUGACACUGGCAUAUAUAAAAUACCUUAAAUAUUCUGCUCGGAAUGGCUGCCGCAAGGGCAAAUGUAAUUGGAAGGGCUGUAUCGCAGUUUUUAAGGACAAACCACUUAAUCUAUGUGAUAUCGAAUGCUGUGGAAAUCAUGAUCCUGAACAUGUUAGAACAAAGCCAUAUCGAAUGGCAAAAGUAAUCAAAAAAGAAAUCGCAAGUAGAUCUACAAACACAACGCCAUCAAUAUUGGCAACAGACAAUAAUGAUGUCCAGAAUGCUGCUGCUAAACUGGACGAUGAUGAUGUCCAGCAUGCUGCUGCUGAACUAGACGAUGAUGAUUUAUUUCGGAAGCGGGGCCUUUUAAAAUGUCAUACAGUAUAUUCUCAAAAUA